UUCCACGCAGUUCAGCACCUACGGCCCGGAGCAUCUGCUCCCUCGGCUUCUCUUCUCGAGUUGGAGUGUCCUGUGUCUCUGUUCGGCGUGCAAGAGCGAAAUGGCGAAGCUUCUCCGGCUAUCCAGGAACGUCCUGAGGGCCGCGGCGAACCCAUCGAUCCGCCGCCAACUCUCCACCGUCUCCGGCGGGCAAACGGCAGGAACAGCCGCGGCGGCAUCUGGCGACCACGUAAAAUGGGACUACAGGGGCCAGAGGAUGGUGAUCCCGCUGGGGCAGUGGAUCCCGAAGGUGGCCGUUGACGCCUACGUCGCCCCCAACGUGGUGCUGGCCGGCCAGGUAGCCGUCCAGGAUGGCGCCUCCGUCUGGUCUGGCUCGGUCCUCCGCGGCGACCUCAACAAGAUCACCGUCGGCUUCUGCUCCAACGUCCAGGAGCGCUGCGUCCUUCACGCCGCCUGGUCUUCUCCCACGGGGUUGCCUGCUGAUACAAACAUAGAGAGGUUUGUUACGAUCGGUGCUUAUACCAUUCUAAGGUCAUGCACAGUGGAGCCCGAGUGUAUCAUUGGCCAGCACUCUGUCCUUAUGGAAGGUUCACUAGUGGAGACUCAUUCUAUACUGGAGGCUGGUUCAGUAGUUCCGCCUGGUAGGCGGAUUCCUACCGGUGAACUUUGGGCUGGAAACCCAGCUAGGUUUGUCCGGCCUUUGUCACAUGAUGAGAUCAAGGAGAUACCAAAGCUUGCUGUGGCAGUUAAUGACUUGAGCAGGAGCCAUUUCUCAGAAUUUCUGCCAUACUCCACUGUCUACUUGGAGGUGGAGAAGAUGAAAAAGGCAUUCAAUAUUCCGCUAUGAUUGCUGGAAAACGGUUUCAAAACGGGGUCUUUUUAUUGGCCUCUUUGUCCAAUUCCUUUUGUAUCUGUUCAGAUGAUUAAUCUUCGCAAAGAUUUUUGGCUUUUGCACCUUCAAAUGACAGAGGGUUGUCCAAAAUAAGAGGUUAAAUCUUAGCCCUUUGUUCUCUAAUGUUUC